AUGGACUUUUCCGAUAUCUUUCGCAUGGUGAAUUUCGCCGUUGCCGUAUUCGUCGUCCUCGGUGGUAUUGCCAAGUUGUUCCCAUUCAACGAUUUCUCAAACAUCAUUCUCGGUGUCUACCUGAUAAUAUUCGGUCUUGGAACCGCUCUGCUCGAAUUCCAGAUUCCCCAGCAAGUGGCCCGAUAUGCCUCCUUCAUGUUCUCGUUCCUCGGCCGUGGAAUCUUCUACAUCUUCAUUGGUUCCGUCAUUGUUGGUGAGCGCUGGUUCCGCAUUGUGCCUGGCACCAUUGUCGGCAUAAUUGGUGUGGGCUACGCUGCUCUGGAAUUCAUUCCCUCAAUUGAGCCACCAGCGAACAUGCGUGACGCUGAUGCUGGUUGGGGCGCCGAACAAGUUUAA